CGAGCAUGUUAUUUUUUUACAAGACUAUAAUUACUUAGCAUAUUAUUCUUACGACUCUAUAUAAUUAUUUAGCAUAUUAAAUAUUGGUUUAUCUAUUUACGAAAAUUCCAAAUAAAUAAAAUCCAUUAUAUUGACGACAGAAAAAGCAAACUUUGGAUUUUUUCUUGGCACUAGUCCCUAUAUGAUUAGGUUCUUCCGGGAAUAAAUUCUACCCAUCAUAUAUAGAUAGACAUAUAGUACAAUAUAUUCGGGCCUGGAGAUGGCUCAAGGAACAUGACGUAGAUUUGUUUACAGCAGCCACGUUCGAUAAACAUGUGGACUCCCCUAUAUUAUGGCAUACUCUUAAGCGUUAGCCUACACAGUAAACCGUCCGCAGUUUAGUCUCACAUUUUGUCUUUGGGGUAGGAGAAAUCGAAAAUGGCAUCCCAUUUCGUUUGCGAUGCACAAAAACCACACGUAGUUUGCGUACCUUACCCGGCUCAAGGCCACAUCAACCCGAUGCUCAAAGUGGCUAAAAUCCUCCACGCCAAAGGCUUCCACGUCACCUUCGUCAACACCGUCUACAACCACAACCGCCUACUCCGUUCACGUGGUCCAAACGCCCUAGAUGGACAUCAUUCCUUCCGCUUCGAGGCCAUCCCUGACGGUUUACCGGAAACCGACGUGGACACCACUCAGAACAUCCCCGCCCUUAGCGAGUCCACUAUGAAGAAUUGUCUAGCUCCUUUCAAGGAGCUUCUCCGGCAGAUCAACGCCAGAGAUGACGUUCCUCCGGUGAGCUGUAUUGUAUCGGACGCUGUGAUGAGCUUUACUCUUGACGCUGCGGAGGAGCUCGGUGUCCCGGAGGUUCUUUUUUGGACAACCAGUGCAUGUGGCUUCAUGGCUUAUUUACACUUUCAUCUCUUCAUCGAAAAAGGUUUAUCACCUUUUAAAGGUGAGAGUUGCUUAACAAAGGAACACUUGGACACAGUUAUAGAUUGGAUACCAUCGAUGAAGAAUCUAAGAUUAAAAGACAUCCCUACCUUCAUCCGUACCACUGAUCCUAACGACAUAAUGCUCAACUUCGUUGUCCGCGAGACCAGUCGAUCCAAACGCGCCUCUGCUAUCAUUCUCAACACGUUCGAUGACCUCGAGCAUGACAUCAUCCGGUCUAUGCAGUCCAUUUUACCACCGGUUUACUCAAUUGGACCGCUUCACCUCUUGGUGAGCCAGGAGAUUGAAGAAGGUAGUGAAACGGGAAGGAUGGGAGCGAAUCUUUGGAGAGAGGAGACAGAGUGUUUGGAUUGGCUCAGUACUAAACCUCGAAACAGCGUCGUUUAUGUUAACUUCGGGAGCAUAACUAUAAUGACCGCGAAGCAGCUCGUUGAGUUCGCUUGGGGUUUGGCGGCAACAAGAAAAGAGUUUUUAUGGGUGAUCCGGCCGGAUUUAGUAGCCGGAGAGGAGGCGGUGAUUCCGCCGGAGUUUUUAACGGAGACAGAAGAUCGAAGGAUGCUUGCGAGUUGGUGUCCUCAAGAGAAGGUUCUUUCUCAUCCGGCGAUCGGAGGAUUUUUAACGCAUAAUGGAUGGAACUCGACGCUAGAGAGUAUUUCCGGCGGAGUUCCGAUGGUUUGUUGGCCGUUCUUUGCAGAACAACAAACGAAUUGUAAGUUCUGUUGCGAUGAAUGGGAGGUUGGGAUGGAAAUCGGCGGAGAUGUGAAGAGGGAGGAGGUUGAAGCGGUGGUUAGGGAGCUGAUGGAUGGAGAGAAAGGAAAGAAAAUGAGAGAGAAGGCGGAAGAGUGGCGGCGCUUGGCCGAGAAAGCGACGGAGCAUCCGUGUGGUUCGUCGGUCGUGAAUCUGAAUACGGUUGUUGAUAAGAUUCUGUUAGGACAUGUCCCGAAAAUUGAUCAUGAUGAUUAAUCGAAAGUAAAAGAUGAUCACACACAUUUGUGUUUUACUUUCUUUUUCUUUUUUCUCUUCCCACUGUGUUUUACACUUUUACUUAUCUAUAAUUGUUAUUAUUGCUUUCAAACGUGUGUAAUAGUAGUAGUAAAACAGGAAUGAAAAUGACUAGGUAAAGAUUUUUUUCUAAUCUAGAAAAGAGCUUUGGA